GCGUCUCAGAUUUUAGUUUGCAAUUUUACUAAUGAAAAUGAGGUUCUCACUGUUAUUUGUGUUUGUUAUUUUCGUUGGAAUAUAUAGUUAUAAUUUCUCUGAGGCUAGAGAGCCUGUAUGUUCGAAAUUUUCAUAUGAAGAACAGCUUUUAGAGAAAAUGAUAAGAACUGAAAUUAAGGUAGAAACAAUGGUGAAUGAAAAUAAGAAAACUGAGGAUAAUGUCAUCAGUACAUUAGGCGACAUUAAGCAAACAGUUUCAUAUUUUACGGACAUGUUUGCAGAUAUGAGAGAAAACAUAACGGACGAUAUGUUAAAGAGAGGCGAUGAGCUAGAAAGGAGAGAAGACUCGUUCAAGAAAUUAUUUGAAGAAACAAAAAGCAACCUCACUAGUGAUAUUGCCGCUAAAAAAGAGGAACUUAUUCAACUUCAAGAAAAACUUGCUCAACCCCCAGUCGCAUUCUACGCACACCACUUGAAAGACAUGUUUCUUGAUACAACGGAUGAGAUUCUCAUAUUCGGGAAGACAUUCACUAACGAGGGAACUGGUUACGACACGUCUACGGGAUUGUUCACGGCACCUGUUGGAGGACUGUACAAGUUUGAUGUUCAUAUAUGUACUAUACAUAAUAAAUAUGCAUAUCUUGGCCUGGUGUUGGAUGGUAACGUUAUAGCAUUACAUGCACACUAUGGUGAUGCUAGUCAUGGUUGUGGUUCAGUUGGAGCAAUAAUAAGAGUUAGGUCAGGAGAAAAGGUUUGGGUUAAAGCAACAACGUAUCAUUCUAGUUACCAGCUUCAUCAAGACUCACUAAGGAUGAACACAUUUAGUGGAGUACUUGUCAAUUACUGA